AUCAGAAAUCAGUCGUUGGUGAGUCGUGGAGUGCUGUAGGCUGUGGAGGUGCCCACACACCUGUGAAGGAAAUGUUCGCACGAGACGAUGUCGGUGCGACAACGACUUUUAUUAACCAAUUUUAAGAUGCUGAAGACAACGGCCAAAGAAUUUUGCUGUGAUUUGUGUCCGCGGUGUCGCUGGGAGGGACAAUGUUGAUGCAAGAAGUUGUGUGCGGUGUUGUGCUCGUGUUCACUUCGGCUAUUGUAUACCUGUCUGCUUCACCGUUAGAUCCAGUACGGCAUAUGAAAGAUUUCGACUUGAACUCGUGGAUAAGAUAUUACGAGCCGGCCCAUUACGACCCCUCUUCUUUGGUCGUCCAACACAACCGUGUCCGGAGAAGUGUCGGUCAAAAACAACCACGCCAAGUCCAAUUGGACAUUAAAGGACACGACCGGCUGUUCAAGAUUCGACUGAUUCCGGAUAACGAAGUGUUUGCUGACGACAUUACGUUUGAAUCCACCAGAGGACAGAUUCAUUUCGAUCCGAAUUUCGUCUACACGGGAACUCUUGAAGAUGACGAUUCAGCUUCAGUCCACGGUAUCAUCACAAAAGAGGGACUCUUCGAAGGCACAAUUUCGACGGCUAUCGAGGAUUACCAUGUAGAACCCGUCAGUCGUUACCUACGACCCAACGAAACGAAGCAGCCUUCUUCAUUUCACUCCAUCGUGUACAAAUCGUCCGACGUUCGAGACCCCCGAAAGGGUGUAUCGUGCGCCUCCUACCGCUUGCAUUUAAACAAUUUGGAGAAAAACACAGUCGAUAGAGAGAAUUACCCGGAACGGAGGAGUAAAAGAUGGCUUCUAGAGGCCGAAGCGAAACUGCCCUACGAUGAUUCGACUUUCUGGCAUCUCAACAAAACGAAACAUUCUUUUUCGCCAGCCUACGACCUAAAUCAGCCUAUUGACGAGGAGCUUGACUUAAUUACGAGCAACCGGACUAAUGGCGAUUUUCCGGGCAUUAUUUUUCGGAAUGUUAAUAAAAGAGCCACCAUCGAUCCGAAAAAAACCACCUGCAUGUUGUAUCUUCAAGCCGACCAUCAGUUUUUUUCAAAGUAUGGCACCGAAGAGGCCUGCAUCGAGGUUAUGACCAGACACGUCCAAAGAGUAAAUGCCAUCUAUAAAGCUACAGAUUUCAACCAGGACGGUAAAGCAGAUAAUAUAACUUUUAUGGUGAAACGAAUUAAAGUGCAUACAACUGACGCCCUCAGGGAUCCCCUCUACAGAUUUCCCAACAAUUAUGGCGUCGAGAAAUUCCUAGAACUUUUCUCAGAGGAGGACUACGAUGCAUUCUGUUUAGCCUACAUGUUUACUUAUCGUGAUUUCGAAAUGGGAACGUUAGGAUUGGCCUGGACUGGAGACUUGAAGAAUGCAGGAGGUGUUUGCGAGAAGAAUGGGCACUAUAGAGGGAGCAUGAAAUCUUUAAAUACUGGAAUCGUCACGUUGUUGAACUACGGAAAACACGUACCGCCUGCAGUGUCCCAUGUAACACUUGCUCACGAAAUUGGUCAUAAUUUUGGAUCACCGCACGACCCGGAACAGUGCACCCCCGGAGGCGAAGAUGGUAACUUCAUUAUGUUCGCAAGGGCGACGUCUGGUGACAAGAAAAACAAUAAUCAGUUUUCCCCGUGCAGCCUGAAAAGCAUUAACCCAGUACUUAAUUUUAAAGCGCGCUCACCAAAAGGAUGUUUUACAGAACCUCAAGCUUCCCUCUGUGGAAAUGGUGUCGUCGAAGAGGGAGAAGAGUGCGACUGUGGAUGGGAAGAGGACUGUCGAGACCAAUGCUGCUUCCCCCAACGGAGGUACCCGCCUUUGGACGAGCCCCCUUGUCGUCUCACGCCGCGAAGCAUCUGCAGUCCCUCACAGGGACCGUGUUGUACGUCCGAAUGCCAAGUGAAAUUCGGCGAUAAGUGUAGAGAGGACAACGGCUGCAGGGACGAAAGUUUCUGCAACGGACGCAACCCCCAAUGCCCUCCCUCUGUUAACAAACCGAACAAGACAAUUUGCAAUAAAGAGUUUGUUUGUUUCAUGGGUGAAUGCACCGGAUCUAUAUGUUUAGCGUAUGGCCUGGAAUCUUGCCAAUGCAUUCCGAAGAAGGGCGACCCAAAAACCAAAGCAUGUGAAUUGUGUUGUAAACUUCCAGGGGAUAAUCAGCCGUGUCUCUCUUCGUUUGAUUGGAACGACAUGCCUUAUGACAUUCCCGACAUGUAUUCAAAACCAGGAACGCCCUGCAAUGACUAUAGCGGAUACUGCGACGUGUUUCAAAUGUGUAGAGAAGUUGAUCCUUCGGGACCCUUGGCUACGCUGCGAAAAUUGCUCCUGUCGGAGGAAAGCUUUGCCAGCUUUAAAAAGUGGAUGAUGGACUACUGGUAUGCGGUGGCAGCCAUCGUGGCACUAGUUAUCGCACUACUGGUUUUAAGCACCAAGUAUCUAAGUAAAAAGCCAAAUCUGAAGUUGAAAUCAGUCACAAUAAUGCACAGUUCGCCAACUGAGGCCGUUAGAUUGCCUCCAGAUGGAGAAAACGGGCAAGUAACUGUCCACCCGGCAAUUAGAUCAAAACUACCUCUAAAACGUAAAGUCCGCAAUGGGAAAAUUAAACGCAAACGCAAGACUAAAGAGUCGGUGAACAACAAUUUGAAUAGUCCCAGCAGAACGAAGAAUUCUCCGAAGAAAAAGAAGCGAGUUUCUGCCCCCGUCGGUGCUGAAGAAAGAAAGAAACCUGUAGUGGAUGGUGCAAUAAUCGAAAUACCUCACAGCAAAGUCAAAAAGUCUCCACAAGUAGCCGCCAAUGGCAAGAAAAAGAAGAAGAAAAAGGAAACGAUUGAUUAUAGCAAUGCUCAACCGGACGUCGAGGGAAAGAAAGGGUUAAUUAGUGCCGAAGUUGUUCAUAAUCCGUUGACACCCGAGGCGGAUCCUGUGGGUAAAGUCCAGAAUUGGUUGUUGAAGUCACAAUACGCCUUGCCGAAAUCCAAGUCAACUCCAGCGGGAUUAACCGACAAGUCCCGAAGAAGCCCUCACAAACGUCCCACCAUUCGGCCGCGUACUGACAAAAGCAAGUCGCACAGUGUGGGCAACAUUCCUAGCGAAAAGGAAAAAGUUCGACUGCAAGUGGUAUAUAAACCGCCGUUUAAAUUUAGUGUUAAGUUGCGUAAACCGGAAAAAACUAGUGUAGUAAUCGAACGUGCUGAUGUGAACAGAAAGACUGAAAAAAGUAAAACUCCUAGGACAGGCGUGCUUGUGCGUAGUGUGAAACAGCGCGAGCCGAAGACGAGUGUUGAUAAUCCAGCUGUUGCGAUAGACGCAGCUCCUGUGCCCGUAGCUAGUCCGUUGCAGGUUGUUGAUUCUCCCGCUACUAAACCUGAUGAUAUUGAUUCCAAUAUUCAUACCGUCCAGUCUGAUUUAGAAGUAUUGUUAUCUGAAAGCGAAUUUCUAUUUUCAGAUGACUGAUAUAACUUUUUGCAAUGAUCCAAAUUGACUUGUUUAAGGCUGUGGAAACAAACAUUCCGCACUCUCAGAGCUGCUUAAAUAUUAAGUUUGAUUCAGGUCGACGUCAUCGUCAUGAAACUUUACCAAAAUCAAUAAGAAGUCACUCUUGACAAGUGCUCUUAUUUAUUAUACCUCCCAAUACCAAGAAUCAAACUUAUUAAUUUUUUGUAAUAAAACAGCUAAAAGUUCACACAGCAUUGAUUCCAAAGCAUAAAUCAAAGUUCUACAAAUGUGGGCUAAAGGUAUGACUGAUUCAAAGUAAAGUUUCAUCAUGAUGAUGUACUUAAGAUAUUUUUAUUAACCGUGAUCCACUUAGGUUAUUAAUUUUUACUUAAACUCUUAUUCAAUUGUAAAGUUAAAAACUAAAAUAUAUAUAUUUAUUUAUACAUAACUCUGUAACUAUAAAAUUGCUGCUUGUAUGGUAUUUUUACAGUGCCAUUUUUGUACUGUGAAUAUCGUGGUCAAAUAAGACGUAAUUUACAAUCGUCUCAUUUGUUACAACUUUGUAAGAUACUAUUGUGUCAAGUAAAAAAAUUUGAAAAUUCAAUUAAGUUAGCGUGCCAAAUAAUUGCUUUGAUGUUAAUUACAUAGUUGAAAUUUAUACAAGCUGAAAGUGUUCGAUCCUUACUAUUUUAUGUACUCUUGUUGAUAAAAAUGUUUGUCUGAAAAGGGACAAUUUUAAAUCGGAUUAUUUUCUUUCAACUGUAAAAAUAUCACCUAUACGUAUUGAAAUUUUAUUUAGAAUUAGUAAUUUUUAAUUUAACAUUGUUUUUAAUUUUAUAUUUUUUUAAAGUCGCAGAAAAAAGUGUUUUCUGUGAUUGGCAAAUACUUUUUCCUCCAAUUGUACUUACUGAUCGUACUUCUUUUUAGUCAAAAAUUUUGUUUAAACAUUAUUUACUUAUUAACGUAACUAUGUAUUUUAUCUUUUUUAAAUAAAUUUAUAAAAAUUUAA